AUGGCGGUCCGGCAACACAGAUACCAGCGGGCCCAGAGAGGAAAAAUAGCGACAGGCACAUCGGGCGCACUCUCCCACUCGCAAACUAAAACACCUGGGAUCACAAUGCUAAUGAUGCAAACAAGUGUCUCACCUGUCCAACACCUCGGCAUCCAGUGCAGCAAGAACCGACUCUACACAAAGAACGACGCAACACAAGUGACUGCACAGCAACAUACUCCACAGGGUACCAACAGAGCUGGCUCCCGAAGCAAGGCCAGCAAGCCAAGGGACGACAGUGGUGAGACAGAGAGAGACAAAAUACUGGACUUACCAGCACUGGGUAUUGGCUAA